AUGGCUCAUGUUUUUAUUUUAGCAGAGUCCUGCCUGCUCCUGCUGCUGGUCAUGUCAAAUCUGCUUCUGUGCCAAGGCAAAGUAUGCCCCUCCUGCGGUCCUGACGUGUUUGGCGUCCCCCUGAAGUUCCUUGGAAAGACAUUUAGCCAUGUCUCCAGGCUGUCCUAUGACAUGCAUAACCUUUCCACAAUAAUGUUCAAUGAAUUUGAUGAAAAGUAUUCCCAGAGUAUACCAGAGUAUAUCAAUGCCACCAACGACUGCCACACCAAUUCAAUCCAUGCUCCAGAAGAAAGAGAAAAAGCCCAACAGAUGAAUAAUGAAGACCUUACUAAGUGGAUACUCAUCUUACAGUUUCUCUGGAAUGGUCCUCUGUAUGAUCUAGUCCAUGGCCUGCGGAUUGAGAAAGACUUCUCAGAUACUAUCCUAUCAAGUGCCAGAGAGAAUUUAAAAACAUUUUUCAAACUUCAAACAAUCUUAAAGAGGCGAUUCAGCCAGGUUGUUGAUCCAGUCAGAUCGAAGUUGAUUGAGAAUCCCAUUUUCUGGUCAGGAUACGGAUCCCUGGUCGCCAGUGAUGAAGAUGCACGUCAUUCUGCAUUUUAUACACUGUUGAAGUGCCUGAGCAGGGAUUCCCAUAAAGUUGACAUGUACAGCAAGAUCCUGGCAUGCCGAAUCAGCGACGAGUGCUAA